AUGACUUUUCUUAUACGAGAUCCUGAGACGAAGAAAGUCACGGAUCCUGAAGAAAUAUGGAAGGAUUAUUUUAAGUCUCACCCGAAAGAUGAACAUUAUCGGACAGAUACAUUUGAGGAUUAUGAAUAUCUGAGAAUUGCAGUUGGAAAUGGAACUGCUACAAGAAAAUACUCUAUGGGACUAGGAUAUGACACUGAUGCAAGAACAUUAGAGGUGGAAGGAAAUCGAAGUACUACUGUGUUAGAUGAUUACGUGUUUGAUCACAAUACUAGUGAAUUCGUGCAAAGUGAUAGACAAAAAUUGUCAGAUGAGCCUUCAUUUUUCAAGGAGUCUGCUCCACCAUUACCAUCUCAACCCAUAAGUUUGGAAGUUAAUCCAACCACUAAAAAAUGA